UUCAAUAUUUUAAGUAAGAAACUCUGACAAUUUUCCUAGAACCCAAUGUUUUUAAUUUCUCUUUUCCCCCACUAAAAUUUGCUUUUUCUACAUUGGCACCAUCCUCACUUUAAAUGAUGCUCGCUCUCUCCCCUCUUCUCCCACACCAAUAAGCUCAUCUCCCCAUAGUCAUCACCCUCACCAAACCAAGGUCGAGAGAGAGAGAGAGAGAGAGAGAGAGAGUUGGUCAAAAGAAAAUGGCCAGAGAUCAAGAACAGUCAUCAUGUAGCCAUGCAUAUGGUUUGGAGGAAGAAGAUGAAGAAGACUACAUAGACAUGGAGGUGAACAUGGUGAUGAGCACUUCAUCUUCCUCAAUCAGCCCGAACUCAUUCUUCUACACCAUCCCUGCUACUUCACCUCCACACCAGGCCAGAGACUUUGAGUUUCAAAUGUCCUCAUCUACCGCUUGCCCAGCUGAUGAGCUCUUCUACAAGGGCAAGCUCCUCCCUCUCCACCUCCCUCCCAGACUCCAAAUGGUCCAAACCCUCAUCCAAGGCCAAGACCCAUGUGAAGAGAAAUUCCCCAUUUUUCCCUCAUCAGCCUCAGCUCCUCCAACAAGAACAAGCACCCCAUUGGGCUCACGCAACAUCUCCCCUGCCCAGUCUUGCAGGGUCAGUUGUGAGCUGAGCCCAGCAGAUUUUGAUGAGGAUGACCAUAGCUCCUUCUUUGAGUGGUCCAAUGAGGUCAGAGGCUUCAUCAAUCAUGACGGCCCAAAGAAGCACAACUCUCGUAAUUGGUCCAAGAAGCUGAAGCAGAUCAAGCAGUCCUCGCUCUGCCAAAGGAUCAGAACCUCUUCCAGGGCAUUCCUGAGGUCCCUGUUCAGCAAGUCUGGGUGCUCAGAUGAGUCUUGUGCUAAAGCCUCAGUGGUUGCAUGCAAUGCAGAGGCAGAGAAGCUCUGCAGAGAGAGAGAACCCUGCAGCAAGUACAUGAGAGUAGAGAACAAGAAGAAGAAGAAGAAAAGCAACCCCUGCGGAGAAAAUUGCAUCAAUGAUGGGUUCAAGAUUAAAUUAGCAUCCGCCAUCAUGAAGGACAUCGAUGGGGAGUAUGUUGAGAGCAAUGGUAUUGUCCAUAGGAAGUCAUUUUCGGGAGCGAUUCAAAUGCAUUCCGGGGCCAAGUGCACAUCCUCUUCCAGCUCUUCUUCUUCUUCGUCUUCUUCGUCGUCGUCUUUUUCGCUUAAUUUGAAUGGGCUGAAUGAGUUUCAGCUGCUGAAAAGGAGCAGCAGCGCGAAUUCGGAGCUGGAGAGUUGGAUUGAAGGAGCGAUUGCUCACUGCAAACGGUCUCAACACACGUUUGUUUAGUCUCUCGGGAAGAAUCCCUCAAGAGAGAAGUUGGGGUCAUGACUCUGUGAUAAUGGAUCCAACAGUGAGUGUUUCGUGUUUGAGUUGAAUUUCAACAGCUCUAUAGCUUCAGUAUACAAUGUAAUAUGUACAUGAACUCUCUCUUUGAACAGUGGGCAAGUAUCAAGUCGAGAUGGUUCACCA